ACCCUGCAGUGUUCCCGACAGAUCAGUCUCGGGUUGUCGGGUGGCGAUGGGUCAGUACAUUUCUACCAUGUUUUACGGCAACGGCGCUGCCGAUGACAAACAUCAAUGGCAAGAUGACAGAGAUGUCGAUAGAUGGGAUGAAGAAAACGAAGACGACGGAAAGAACCCGUAUGAUAUCGUCCUGUCUUGCAAACUUGGCGAUCUGUGUGACGAUGAAGCGAGUCAGAAGAGAGGUUCACCCGGCUACUGGACGUGCACAUUCAAUGAGAACGAAGACGUCGAAAUGGACAAAUGGGCGGGACACGUCGUUGGCAUCUUGGGUCAGUACAACAGAGGCAAGACGUGGUUCAUGAGUCGUUUGAGUAACUGCCAGCUAGCCAAGGAAGGAAGGACGAUCAGAACGGAAGGCAUCAGUCUCAAGUGGGUAGAAACGACGGGAGAUGCAGGAGGUGACCGAGAGGCUGACGAAUUCCACCAUCUUGUUAUCGAUACGGCAGGUUCCAAUACUCCCAUAGCUCUGUCAGGAGUACAGACAGAAGAAGUGCGAAAGAAACGUCGCGGCAAAGCUGGAAACCUACGAGCUAAUCACUGGAGAGGUGAACACAACAGACAAGGAACUCUUGGGGAUGCACAAGCCGGUAACAACGCCGACAACCAAAAACUGGAUGAAGCUAACAGUAUGAUGCAAGAAACGGAACAAUACGAACAGUUUCUCCAGAGCAUGACGUUUGCUCUCUCUGACUACCUCAUCGUGAUAUUGAACGAGACGACCUUGUCAGAUCAGAGGUUUCUCAUCCAAGUGGUUCGCAAGUGGAAAGAAUGCCCCCAAGAAGGCAGAUGCAAAGAUAUCUUUGUGAUACACAACUUUAGGGACAUGCAUGAUCCCGAGGAGAGGGAAGAACUGUUUGCGCAAUGCACUGAGGAUAUACUGGAUGGUCGCAUGGACAAAAGGAAAGGCGUUUCCUUGUUUAAUUGUCGUACUUUGCACACCCGUCAUGUUUGCUUGAUGAAUGACGACAAGCAAAGGGAUUACAAUGAUACCGUGUUUGAAAUUGUUAAGGAUUGGAUUCACAAUAUUCUACCAAAGCCACAAGACCCUUACACUCCUGAUGAGCUCGCUGCCCGAUUUGCUAGGUGCAGUUCACAGCUGCUGAGUGAGCGAGGAUAUCUCACGAAUGUCAAGAAGAUCGAGUUGAUGAAAGAAAACGAACAGAUGUUUUACAAAGCAGUCAAGUUGGAUGACAACCAGCCAGUGGCACAAUUACGGUCCGAUGACGAUAAGUUUUAUUCUCCACUUCUUAACUUUCGACCUGCACACUCAAUACUUCACUAUCGAUCUGAAGCUGGUUCUGAAUGCAAGCUAAUCAGGAUCGAAGCUCCAGGUGUGGCAAACAUUGAGACGAAGCCAAACUAUAAGCGGUCGACUGUCGGUCACUGGGCAAUAGAAGUAAGUGGACUCAAGGAAAGGGAUGAUGAUGUUAUGUUUGUCAGAGAUCUAGAAAAGCAGGCAGUGGAUGGCAAUCCUCGUCUGAAGCCGGCAAUUCGAAAUGACCGAGGUGGCAAAGCAAACAAACCAGAGCCUGAUGCUGACAGCUGCAGAUACGGGAACUUUUCUGAACUCUUUCAGAUUCCUCUCAAGUUCAAGAAACCACAAGUUCUGAAACUGGGCCCUGAAAACGGAGUCUUCUAUCUGCUAUUUGAAGAAGAAGAGGACGAGGGCGGACAGCAAGCAAAAUAGGCAACAUGUGAAUGGAGUCGAACUUUAGAUACGCAGGGUAGUUGGGAGUUGUGUUACAUGUAGUGUGUAAUGUGCUUUACCUUGGUCUGCAUUAUCAGUAGUAUGAUCAAUGUUGUAAUCAUUGUGGUAGUUGAUAUCGAGUCAUGAGUACUAGUGUUCUCAAUAGACUGAAUUUCAAUUAGCAAUAAAUGAUGCUGCAAGGUGCCAUUUAAUUAAUUAACUUGUUU